AUGGCGUCGAGAUCCUACUCCAACCUCAUGGAGCUCGCCGGCGGCGCUGACCGCGACCAGCCGCUGCCGUCCCUCGGGCAGCCACGGAUACCGCGGGUGAUGACGGCGUCUGGCAUUGUGCCCGGCCUUGACCGCGCCGACGCCGCCGCUGACGCUGACGCUUACGCCGCCUCGGUGGCCUCCGACGACCAAUCCGACCAGCCGCCGCGGGAGCGCACCAUCAUCGUGGCCAACCAGCUCCCCAUCCGCGCCUGCCGCGGCGCGGACGGCGCCUGGGAGUUCUCCUGGGACCAGGACAGCCUCCUGCGGCAGCUCAAGGAAAGCCUGCCCGCGCACCAGGGCCGCGCCCACAUGGACUUCGUCUACAUCGGCGGACUGCGCGACGACAUCCCGGCAGAGGACCAGGACAAGGUCGCGCUCGAGCUCUACGAGCGCUUCCGCUGCGUGCCCGCGUUCCUGCCGGACGACCUCCGCUCCCGCUUCUACCACGGCUUCUGCAAGCAGCAGCUGUGGCCACUGUUCCAUUACAUGCUGCCACUGUCGCCCGAGCUCGGCGGCCGCUUCGACCGCGACCUGUGGAAGGCCUACCUGUCCGUCAACAAGAUCUUCUCCGACAAGAUCCUGGAGGUGAUCAACCCCGAGGAGGACUUCGUCUGGGUGCACGACUACCAUCUCAUGGUCCUGCCCACCUUCCUGCGCAAGAAAUUCAACCGGGUCAGGCUGGGUUUCUUCCUGCACAGCCCGUUCCCAUCAUCGGAGAUCUACAAGACCCUGCCGGUUCGAGAGGAGGUGCUCCGGGCGCUGCUGAAUGCCGACUUGAUUGGGUUCCACACAUUUGAUUAUGCCAGGCAUUUCCUCUCAUGCUGCAGCAGGAUGCUGGGAAUGAAAUACGAGUCGCAGAGGGGGUACAUUGGACUGGAGUACUAUGGACGGACUGUCACUGUCAAGAUACUGCCGGUGGGGAUACAUUUGGGGCAGCUGCAGGAGGUGCUCAACCUCCCGGAGACCGGGCUCAAGGUCGCCGAGCUUAUCAAGGAGUUCCGUGAUCGGGGCCGCAUCAUGAUGCUUGGUGUAGAUGAUAUGGACAUAUUUAAGGGCAUCAGUCUGAAGCUUUUGGCAUUUGAGGAGCUCUUGACGCAGCAUCCAGAGUAUCGAGGAAAGGUGGUGCUGGUACAGAUUGCCAAUCCGGCGAGGGGGAAGGGGAAGGAUGUGAAGGAGGUACAGGAUGAGAGCUAUGCCAUGGUGAAGCGCAUCAAUGAGGCAUUUGGGCAGCCAGAUUACCAGCCAGUCAUAUUGAUCGACAGGCCACUGCACUUCUAUGAGAGGAUGGCAUACUAUGUUGUUGCUGAGUGCUGCUUGGUGACCGCAGUGAGGGAUGGCAUGAAUCUUAUACCAUAUGAGUACAUCAUUGCUAGGCAAGGGAAUGAGAAGAUUGACAGGAUCCUGGGUCUCAGCCCUUUCACAAGGAAGAAGAGCAUGCUUGUCGUGUCGGAAUUCAUUGGCUGCUCACCCUCCCUGAGUGGCGCGAUUCGGGUGAACCCUUGGAACAUUGAGUCGGUGGCCGAGGCAAUGGACAAGGCCUUGCACACAGGUGAAGGUGAGCAGGUGCUGAGGCACGAGAAGCAUCACAAAUUUGUGAGCACACAUGAUGUCGGAUACUGGGCAAACAGCUUCCUGCAGGAUCUGGCGAGGACUUGCCAAGACCAUAACAAGAGGCGCUGCUGGGGCAUAGGAUUUGGGCUAAGGUUCAGAUGUGUGGCCCUUGAUACGAGCUUCAAGAAGCUCGCGGUUGAGCAGCUUGUCUAUGCCUACCGGAAGGCAAGCACGCGCGCCAUUCUCUUGGACUAUGAUGGUACGCUGAUGCCCGAGUCAUCGUUUGGUAAGAUGCCGAGCUCCAAAACAAUAAACAUGUUGAACAGCCUCUGUCGCGAUGAGAAGAACUUGGUCUUAAUCACAAGCACAAAGACCAGGGCGACCUUAAGUGAAUGGUUCUCAGCAUGUGAGGACCUAGGCCUUGCUGCUGAGCAUGGCUACUUCAUCAGGCUGGAAAGAGAUGCAGAAUGGGAGACAUGCGGCCUGGCAACAGACUUCAGCUGGAAGCAAAUCGCGGAGCCGGUGAUGAAGACCUACACCGAGACAACGGACGGGUCGAUCAUCGAGGACAAGGAGACAGCAAUCGUGUGGUGCUACAAGGACGCUGACCGUGAUUUUGGAUCUUGCCAGGCCAAGGAGCUCCAUGACCACCUGGAGAGUGUCCUCUCCAACGAGCCGGUAUCAGUCAAAGCUGACCUGAACUAUGUUGAGGUGAAGCCACAGGGUGUGAGCAAGGGUCUGGUGGCGAAGCGGAUGCUGUCGACAAUGCAGGAGCUGGGGCUCCCGCCCGACUUCGUCCUCUGCGUCGGGGACGACCGUUCCGACGAGGACAUGUUCGAGGUGAUCACCACCGCGGUGGACGGCCCCUACCUGAGCCCCGGUGCGACGGUCUUCGCCUGCACCGUCGGCCAAAAGCCCAGCAAGGCCAAGUACUACCUGGACGAACCCGCCGACAUCAAGCGCAUGAUCCGGGCCCUCGCGAGGGUCUCCGACCAGGAGCUGGCGAUGGAGGAGGGCGAAGACCCUCCUUACCCUUUCCUCGCCGGCGACGACACCAGCACCGACGACACCUGGCUGAACUGA